GUCCUAAACCCAAUUACUAUUAUUAGGUCAUCUUGUUUCGUUGUAUAUUUAAGAGUGAUAAAAUAUCAGCCUUCUAUUAGCAUGAGUAUAAUGACACUAUAACCGUUUACCAUAUUGAAAUGGAAUAAUUUACUUAAUGUAAUACAUUUGUCUCUUAGUAAAAAAAAAGAAAAGAAAAAUGUAAUACAUUUGUAUUUGCUUGAAAUACUUUUGACUUCUCUCAACACAAUUCACACCUGGUUUAUAAAAAGUCUUUUCUUGAUGUUAAAAUUCGGUAGAAUUAAUCUCACCAAAGCUAAUUAUUACCAGGUGAAAAAAGCAUUACAAUUUCAAAGUGUGUAUGACAGAGGUUUUAGAAAGCGACUGAUGUACGGACAUAGCAACAACUCCCCUAUAAAGAUACUCAGCUAAACACAAAAACAGAAUCUAUUCUCAACACAACACUAAAGACAAUUGUACCAACCACACAACCAUAAGAGAGAGAAAAAGAGAAUGGGAAAGAGAGCAACUACAAGUGUGAAGAGAGAAGAGUUAAACAGAGGAGCUUGGACUGAUCAUGAAGACAAGAUCCUAAGAGAUUACAUCACGACUCACGGCGAAGGCAAAUGGAGCAAUCUCCCGAACCAAGCUGGUCUCAAGAGGUGUGGCAAAAGCUGUAGACUUCGGUGGAAGAACUACUUAAGACCGGGGAUAAAGCGCGGUAACAUCUCAUCUGAUGAAGAAGAACUCAUAAUCCGUCUCCAUAAUCUUCUUGGGAACAGAUGGUCGUUGAUAGCUGGGAGGCUUCCAGGCCGAACAGACAAUGAAAUAAAGAAUCAUUGGAACUCAAACCUCCGCAAAAGACUUCCCAAAACUCAAACCAAGCAAUCAAAACGUAUAAAACAUUCGACAAACAACGAGAAUAAUGUAUGUGUUAUACGUACAAAGGCGAUUAGGUGCUCAAAGGCUCUUCUCUUCUCGGAUCUCGCUCUUCAGAAGCAGAGUAGUACUAGUAGUAUCAGUCCACUACCUCUGAAAGAACAAGAGAAGGAUCAAGGUGGGUCUUCGUUGAUGGGAGAUCUCGACUUCGAUUUCGAUAGGAUCCACUCUGAGUUUCACUUCCCGGAUUUGAUGGAUUUUGAUGGUUUGGACUGUGGAAACGUUACAUCUCUUGUUUCAUCUAACGAGAUUUUGGGAGAUUUGGUUCCUGCUCAAGGUAAUCUCGAUCUCAAUAGACCUUUCACUUCUUGUCAUCAUCGCGGCGACGAUGAAGAUUGGCUCCGAGACUUCACUUGUUGAGCCUAUCGCAAAAAUCUACGUUACUACUACAUAUUUCUCUAUACGGACAAAACAAAAGUAUACGUGUAUUUGUCUGUACGCUUCUAAUUUCUUAACUUACUAAAGAGACCAAGAAAAACAAAUAUUAAU